CAAAACAACUCUCCAUGGGACAUCAGAGAGAGUGCCAAUGAGUCUGCCUCUGGGCAUAUCGGUAAAAUGGGAAUCCAGUGACUGGUGAUUCACACUGACUGUACAAGAGAAAGAAAGAGAGACUUUAUCCAGUUAGGGAUUAGGCUGUAGCCAUCUAUGGCUGAUCUACUUGUACCUCUGGCUUGUGGACUGUCUGCAAUAUUUCUGUUCCUUUUGCUGGUUGGCCUGUCAGUCUAUCUGCUGUGGAGGAAGAGACGAGCCCAAAUGCAAUACCGGGGACUGAUACCGACCACCCCCACAAUCUCACAAUGCACCACUCCAGUGCUCCAGACAUCACAGAGCAGCAGCUAUGGCUCGGGUGUUCCUUUUUUUGUGCCUCCUCGUCUCAAGAGAAGAUCCCAAAUUAGGGACGAGAGAGAGGGAAUACAGGAUGCUGAGGAAUGGGAACACCACCCAGAUUUGCACACUCAGCGAGGCUCUCUAACAGUAGGGAGUUGGUUCCCCCUUGGCAGCUUAAGGCCAGACCUGUACCAGCUCCCAGAGGAACCCAGUGAGUGGGUUCUGCCCAAUGGGUCAGCUGUUCGUCUGUGGUUUGCUUUACGGUACCAGCAGGAGAAAGAGCAGCUGGUUGUGUCUCUGCUUCGUGCUGCUAACCUGCCUGCUCAGUGCCAGGGUAAUAUCACACUUAUAAAACUGCAGCUGUUGCCGUCUGAUGACCGACGACAUCGUCAGGCCAAGGCAAGGCGAAAAGGAUGUCAGCCGCAGUUCAAUGACAGCUUUGUGUUUCAGGUAUCCAAUAGCUGUGUAGACCAGUGCUCUUUGAACAUGAACAUGUACACUGUGGAUGAUCAGAAGAAGCACCAUCUGCUGGGGCAGGUCCUGAUUCCACUCAGACAUGCUGAACUAAUUGAGGCAGCAGGCAAAGUGCAGUGGAGGGACCUGGAUAAUGAAAGCGAUCAACCCCUCUCAAAGAAUGGUGAUAUUCAGGUGUCUUUGAACUACAACCAGUCUCUACUUCGCCUCACUGUGGUUGUUCUAAGAGCGCGAGGGCUGCAGUGUGGCAGUGACGCAGGUGUGUGUGCCCAGGUGUCCCUGAAGAUACAUACUCAGGUGGUGAGGAACAAGUGGACAGCUGUGGCCAAAGGCAACAAUCCAUCCUUUAAUGAGAGACUUACCUUCAGACUCCUCCCCAUGCAGCUGGACACAGCCUGUUUGACUCUACAACUCCAGCAGCCAACUACAGAGGAACCUGUGUUGUUGGGGGUGGUGGUCAUUGGGCCGUUCAUGUAUGCGAGGGGCAGAGAGCUGGAACACUGGAACAACAUGGUCAGCAAACCACAGGAGCUGGUCAGGCAAUGGCAUGUGCUGGGAGUAGCUCACACAGUACAGAGCCCACACUGAACAGCAUGCAUAAAAGCUCCAUGCCAACCUUCCUCUCUUGUGUAGAAGUGUAGCCUUUUCUCCUUUCCUUAGAGAGGGAGGUGUUAACUACACUACUGAUGUCAGAAAAUCAAAUGGAAUUAAACAAAGUCAAAAAAGGGAAAUUGUUUAUUGAUAGCACAUAUUUGUAAAUGAUGUUUGUUUGAAAGUACAUCAUUUUAAAUGAGAGGUUGCUCUUUGAUGUCUCUUGUGACUUGGUGCAGGCAAUAAAAAUACAGUCCAGUUUACACACACAGGGUUUACCACAUUUUUUUACAUGAAUGUCUAUGACUUUCCCAUGACCGUUUCAUUCGUUUGCAAUUACUAAAUAAGGAUUUAAAAUUUUGAUUUGCAAAGGAAUUAUUCUGACCAGUUUGUGAACCGUUUCGACCGAUUCACUGAAGAAAAAAAAACCCUAUUCAAAAUAAUUAUUAGCUCACAAAUCGGACAUCACUAUGGCUUGCGAGUAAAUUUAGCUGCUGAAAUAUUUAAGAGCAGAGAAUAACUAGAAAAAUGUAUAUUCACUGUCGAAAUUUCCUGAAAUUUUAAUAAUGGGCCUACAUGCAUGUAAUAUGGGUAAAGGCCAUGUUACAUUAUUAUUGAUAGACAAAAACUUUGAGUUUUUAACCCUUAAUAAAAUUUUAAAAACAGUUACGCGUAACAGUUUGUCUAAAUGUGGUUUGCGAAGCCUGCAUAUACCUGAACUGAGUUGGGAAUGUAAACAUCAUUUUCAUCUGAGCUGUAAAUGUAUUUUCCAUCGUGCAUUUUGCAACACAGUUGCAUAUUGUGACCUGGGUGAGUGUAGCUGCUCCAGAUAAUCCACUACUGUAAGGCCUCUUAUGGACUAAUCACAGAAUGCAAAAAGGCUAGCAGAUUGGAGCUCGGCAUCCACCUGUUCUCAUGUUCUUUGUACAGCCAGCAUAGAUCUCUAAGACUUAAACUGCGUGGACACAACACUGUCUUUUGAUGUGGCUUGCAAUUUUGUCUCUUGAUUGAUGCCCUCAGGUUCAGAUGGAACUAAUUCGGACAUUUUAGCAAUAGGAAACUGAAAGCAUUUACAUUCUGUUUUUAAUGCUUUCAGAGCACAUAAGGAUUCACUCUCUAAUACAAAUGGCUGAUUUGAGCUCCUUAAAGGUUGGGAUGUGGUUUACACCAGAUCACCUGUUUAGGCCACCUCAGGAAAAGUUCACUCAAAAUUGAAAAUAAUAAUAAUAAUAAUAAAAUAUACUAUUAUUUAAUCGUCCUCAAGUUAUUUCAAAAUCGUAUGACAUUUUUUCCGUGGAGCACAAAAGGUUAAUUUUUGACGAAUAUCCUGGCUAAUCAUUUCCAUAUAAUGAAAGUGAAUGAGGACUGGGGCUGUCAAGCUCUGAAAGGAGAAAAAAGCACCAUAAAGUGGUCCAUUUGACUCUUAAGUUAUAUCCUAAGUAUUCUGAAGCCAUACGAUACCUUUGUGUGAGACACUGAAACUGAAAUGUAAUUAUUUAUUCAAUAAAAAUCUUGACGUCAGCCUUAGCUCUCCUUCACGCAUUUAUGAGAGUUCAUGACAGAAUUUAUGAUGUCUUAUUCAUGAACAUGUUUUUUUUUUUUAAUCAACUGAUUCAGUUCACAACACUGGUCUGUAUAAUUUGUUCACGAAUCUGACUACUCUGUGUCUUUAGUUCCACUCAGUGAUUUGGUUAAAGCCGUGAACAGCCCACUGGAAGGGGAAGUUUAUCAGUGAAUAAUGGUCUGUUCUUCACACAAAGCUAUAUUGUAUACUUCAGAACACUUGAAAUAUUGCACACAAGUCGUAUGGAUCACUUUUAUUGUG